ACAAACAAAAACGAAGAAGAAGAAGAAAGGCGUAAUUGAACCCUGGAGAGUAGACCCUUUCCAUUGUUUACUAAUCCAGCAUGGUGGAAUGAUGGUCGUGACGAUGUCGAGUGAGAUUUCUAUUCGUAUUUUGCACUAGUGAUGGAAGAGGCUGAUGUUAAGCAGUUAAUUUCCCUCAUUGAGUCAGCUCAGUUACAGUAUGAGGUGGACGAAUCGGGAACUGUCUCAAUUGUUUGCGACCCUGUUCAGUUAGUGGAGUCUGCUAGUAUUGACAGCACCCAGAGUAGCCUUAUCAAUGAAGGAAGUCUUCUAACACCCCAAAAUGGACCGCCAGUACCCACAGAUCAAGCGAUCAAAACAGAUGAAUCGGAAGUCAGGACCCUCGACCAAGGCGGAAGGAAAUAUGAAAAGGUGCUUCAAGAGCAGAAGAUUAAAGUGGAGCAGGAGGAAGAAACAUCCAAACAGAGCAGUGAAAGCAGUCUUAUUCAGCCAACACCAGAAGCUACCUCCCCAAUUCAUUAUUUUCUUCAGACGACAAAUGGCGAAAUAAUUCAGGAUCUCAUAGGUACCAGUGCUUGGUCUUUGGCCUAA